ACAAAAAAAACUCCCCCCUAAAUACAUUAUUGACAUAUCCAACACAAGUACUCUUCUUUUUUGUCAUCAAACCAUGGCUUUUCUCAAGCUUUCCUCUGUUCUAUCAAUGAUCAUAGCCUUAUCACUCUCAGCCCAUCCAAUUUUGGCAACUCGCCACCUUUUAGACACCCCGGCAGCCGCCCCGCCUCCUGCAUUGCCCAAAAUUCCUUCUCUUCCCAACCCCACAUUGCCUCCAUUGCCCUCAGUCCCACCACUGCCUAAACCAAAUAUGCCUCCUAUGCCUGCUAACCCUUUGCCUACUCUUCCAACUCCUCCAACUUUGCCAAAGCCCAACAUUGCUCCAUUGCCCUCAAACCCUUUGCCAACUCUUCCAACUUUGCCAAAGCCCAAUGUGGCUCCAUUGCCAUCUAACCCUUUGCCUGCACUUCCCACCAACCCAGCCAAUAAUAUUCCCUCAAUUCCUAAGGUAACACUUCCUCCUCUCCCCUCUAUCCCAACAACAAUGCCUUCAAUUCCCACCAUUCCAAAAUUUCCAUUCUUCUCUCCUCCACCAUCAAAUUGAAGGGUUGACUAGAUACUAGGGAUGGAUCUGGGCUUCAUUUGCCCCUUCUAUCUAUGAUCUUGCAUACAAUUGAGUGAUUUAAAUUAUGUUUUUGGAUUGUGUUCUGUUUUAUUUUUGUUUUAUUUUUUGCCUCAGUUUGAGGAUGUCAUUUUUUUCUAUUUUGGUUUGGGGUUUGGUUAUGUAAUGUAUACCACUUACAGAUUAGUUGUAUUUUUGUUAUUGUACUACGAAUAAAAAUUAUUGAUUUGUUGGUUA